GGGAGCUCGCCGCGCGCCGGGGCUGGGACCGGCUGGGCAGAGCGCGCCGGCGCCGCGGCCGCAGACAAAGACGCCGCUCGCUCCCGGGCCGCCGCGCUCUCGGGCUCUGCCUUGGGGAAGGAGACUCGGUCUGAAAGAUGCUGCAUUCCACCAGCCUCUCUGGGUCCAGCAGAACACAGUCUCCUUCACGGUGAUGUGGAUGAGGGGGUGACAGAGGACGCUGCCCGCCUCUGAAGUCUCCAGAGGAUCCAGGCCAGGCAGGUGAGACCCAGGUCUGGGACUUCAGGUGCAGCUUGGUGUAGAGCUCAUGAAAGGUGCUUGAAUUUCUCCAGCUUUCUUCACCAGCAUUCAUCAGACUGGUUUGGGUUUCAGAAUCUGAGAGGAGCUAGUAGAAAGGAAAGCUGGCAGAGGUACAGAGAAGUCCCUACAAGCCUCUCAAAUCCACUGUUGGGAUCCCUUCAUACUGCUUGGGACCUGGAGGGCAGCUCCCAGGCUGCCAGAGGCUGCGAUACCACUAGACUUUGGACCAUCGAAAGGAAAGGAACAUAGCUCAGCGACGGCUCCACAUUUAAGCCAGAAGUAACCUCUUAUAACACAGGAUUUAAAGGGGAGAGUUUCUGCAUCUUUACUUUGUGGUCCAUCAUGAGAGAAAACUUUCCAUUCACAUAGAUAAUGGGACUGGAUUUUCUUUCCAAGAUACUGUAUUUGAAAGAAUCAUGAGCCAUUCUAAGCUUCCAGGGAGGCUCAAAGCAUAUAGGAGUUGGUGGACAGCCUUCCCAGGGCGAGGCUAAGGAGACAGCCUGAGCCUCCAACUUCUGCAGCUCAGCAGGUGUGGACAGAUGCCACUCUUGUCUCCAGAGAGCCGGUGGCAGUGACAUCACCAGGAGAAAAGGCAUCCUUCAGCCUUGGGACUUGACAGAAUGAGGAGGGCUGGGGAAACCAGGAGCUGGGACUCGGUCUUUCCUGACUGCCCCUCUGUCCCACGGGCAGCGCCUGACCACUGAGCCAACCAUGGCUGAGAAGGGCGGCUGCCUCGCCAGUGUCUACGGGUAUGACCUGGGCGGGCGCUUUGUUGACUUCCAGCCCCUGGGUUUUGGCGUCAACGGGCUGGUGCUGUCGGCCGUGGACAGCAGGGCCCGCCGGAAGGUGGCGGUGAAGAAGAUCACCUUGAGCGACGCCCGCAGCAGGAAGCACGCACUCCGGGAGAUCAAGAUUAUCCAGCGCCUGGACCACGACAACAUCGUGAAGGUGUACGAGGUGCUGGGGCCCCAGGGCACUGACCUGCAGGGCGAGCUGUUCAAGUUCAGCGUGGCCUACAUCGUCCAGGAGUACAUGGAGACCGACCUGGCACGCCUGCUGGAGCAGGGUACGCUGACCGAGGAGCACGCCAAGCUGUUCAUGUACCAGCUGCUCCGGGGGCUCAAGUACAUCCACUCUGCCAACGUGCUGCACCGAGACCUGAAGCCCGCCAACAUCUUCAUCAGCACCGAGGACCUCGUGCUCAAGAUUGGGGAUUUUGGGUUGGCGAGGAUCGUUGAUCAGCAUUAUUCACACAAGGGUUACCUGUCAGAAGGGCUGGUAACGAAGUGGUACCGCUCACCACGCCUACUCCUCUCCCCUAACAACUACACCAAAGCCAUCGACAUGUGGGCUGCCGGCUGCAUCCUGGCUGAGAUGCUCACGGGCAGGAUGCUCUUUGCUGGGGCUCACGAGCUGGAGCAGAUGCAACUCAUCCUGGAGACCGUCCCCGUGAUCCGGGAGGAGGACAAGGACGAGCUGCUCAAGGUGAUGCCUUCCUUCGUCAGCAGUACCUGGGAGGUGAAGCGGCCGCUGCGCAAGCUGCUACCGGAAGUGAACAGUGAAGCCAUCGACUUUCUGGAGAAGAUCCUGACCUUUAACCCCAUGGAUCGCCUGACCGCCGAGAUGGGGCUGCAGCACCCCUACAUGAGCCCGUACUCUUGCCCGGAGGACGAGCCCACCUCACAGCACCCCUUCCGCAUCGAGGAUGAGAUUGAUGACAUCCUGCUGAUGGCCGCCAGCCAGAGCCAGCUCUCCAACUGGGACAGGUACCCCGUGAGCCUGUCGUCGGACCUGGAGUGGCGGCCCGACCGGGGCCAGGACGCGAGUGAGGGGCAGCGCGACCCGCGAGCGGGGUCGGCGCCGCUUGUGGAGGACGUGCAGGUGGACCCGCGCAAGGACUCGCAGAGCAGCUCGGAGCGCUUCCUGGAGCAAUCGCACUCGUCCAUGGAGCGCGCCUUCGAGGCCGACUACGGGCGCUCCUGCGACUACAAGGUGGGCUCGCCGUCCUACCUGGACAAGCUGUUGUGGCGCGACAGCAAGCCGCACCACUACUCGGAGCCCAAGCUCAUCUUGGACCUGUCACACUGGAAGCAGGCCUCCGGCGCGCCCCCCGCCGCCAGGGUGGCCGGCGUGGCCCCGGUGGCCGCGGACCCCGGGCCGCGAGACGACGAGCCGGCCAGCCUCUUCCUGGAGAUCGCGCAGUGGGUCAAGAGCACGCAGGGCGGCCCCGAGCGCGGCGCCAGCCCGCCCCCCGACGGCCCAGAACGCCGCCUGUCCCCACCCGGCCGCCCGGCCCCCAUCGACGGGGGCGCCAGCCCGCAGUUCGACCUGGACGUGUUCAUCUCCCGCGCCCUGAAGCUCUGCACCAAGCCCGAGGACCUGCCGGACAAUAAACUGGGCGACCUCAACGGCGCGUGCAUCUCCGAGCACCCCGGCGACCUCGUGCAGACCGAGGCCUUCUCCAAAGAAAGGUGGUGAGGGUGGAGGGGCGCUCCAGGCCGUGCCCCCGGAAACCAUCCGGGGAAAGCCAGCCCUGGCCGGAGGGGACCACCCCCCUGGCACCUCCACCAGCCCUUCCACCCCAUCUCUGCUGCCCUGGGGUUAGCGGAACAGGAAGGAUCCGAGGAGCGAGAGGAAUGUCCAUUUCUUAAACUGCCUUAAUAACUAGCCUUUAACCUCUGGGAGUGUGUUUGAACAGGAGUCUAGUUUUUUUUUGGGGGGGGGCGGGGUUGAUCACUUUCCCAGCAAAGAGGAGGCCCUUGUGUUUGUAUCAGUGGUGGUGCGCAGGGCAGAAACGUCUUAGCAGUCAACAGGCCCCACCUGGGUGGCUGUCUGGAGAGGAACCUGGCAGAGAGGGUUGGAACUCUCUAGUCCAAGCAGCCUCAGCUGACAGAUGAGAAACACAGUGAAGUCCAGAGAAGCCAAGUGACUUGCUGAUAGGAUCCGGGCCUAGUCGGUGUCAGGGCAAGCCUUGAAUCCCAGUCUCCUGGCCCCCAGGCCAGUGUCUGUCCAUCUGUCCACUAAACAAUGUCUUCCUCUGCUGGGGUCACUCUGGCCUUUUUCUCAGAAAACUUGGUUCAAGACGUUUCUUCCCUGUCCAUUACCAGCUUACCCAUUCUGUGUGCUUUUACUCAGAGCCGUGUCCUGUGACUUCUGAAACUGGACAUUGAGCCAGCUUCUUUCCCCUUGUCAAUAAGUGUAUUUUCGUUUCCUGGCUCCUCAAGUACUGAAUAUUCCCAUUUGCCUCACCCCAGUGUGAUCUGAACUCUCGGCUUCAGAUCAGACCAGUUUGGGAUCUGUGGGUAAAAUCACCCUUCCUCCCAGGCCUGUGCACACACCUUUUCCAGAACUUUCCUAUGCACUUUCCUGACACACGCGCAGACACAGUGACAGCUCUUGUUCCCCAGGGAAUGCCGUACACUGGUGAGUUUGAAGACAGCAAUUCCAAGAAUCCCUGCAGCCUGCCCCACACCCCUAGUACACACAGCCCCACUCCAAGCCUACCUUGGGAGCUUGUUUUCUCAGCCCAAAUUGCCCCUUUGGAGGAAAGCAGUGAAGCGCCUGCAACAGAGCUGAUGUGCUGGGAGAGAAGCUCUCACACAGGACCCACUGACCUUCAUUAAUUCUGCCCUUGGUUUGAUCAUCCAUUUAGCCCCAUUAAACAGCAGGCCCUGAAGAAAUGUACUGGAGCAAGGGGCCUUGGAGACAAGGAAUCCAGAAAGGCAGGAAGGUCUGAAAAGUGGGGUGCUGACAUCAAGGGUCCACAGGAGUCAGUUACCAGCAUGGGGACCCCAUGACAAAAGAAAGGACUCGAGACCACCAUGUCCUCCCUAGCUUAGGCCAGGAUGAACUUGGAGCAUGCCAAACCAAAGGUGCCGGAGAAGGCGAUGGCACCCCACUCCAGUGCUCUUGCCUGGAAAACCCCACAGACGGAGGAGCCUGGUAGGCUGCAGUCCAUGGGGUCGUGAAGAGUCGGACGCAACUGAGUGACUUCAAUUUCACUUUUCACUUUCAUGCAUUGGAGAAGGAAAUGGCAACCCACUCCAGUGUUCUUGCCUGGAGAAUCCCAGGGACAGGGGAGCCUGGUGGAUUGCCGUCUAUGGGGUCGCACAGAGUUGGACACAACUGAAGUAACUUAGCAAACCAGAUGUGCGCGCGUUCACAGAGCCUCAGGGGACGGUGUGUAGCAUGGCAGGGCCUCUGCAGAGGCAUGGAGUCCGGCCCCCGGCAAACGCUCUUCCGUUUCCACCACCGGCGUUCAGCUCCCCCCAGAGAUGCCCAUAGGAGCCGAUCUGUAAACAGAGGAUCCCCCAGUGUUGAUCAUAGGCUGUGUUCACCCUCACCUCAACAGCACCUUAAGUCUAAUCAGCUAACUAGGAUCUGUACAUUGAAACCUGCAGCACAUUAGAAACUUGUAUUUAAAAACAAUUAACCAUACUGACCGAUUUUUACCUGGGAAAUAUGUAAAUAUGAAGUGUUGGGGUUUCUUUUUUUUUUUUUUUAAGAAAAGGAGACGUUCACCGCUCUCACGUGCCAUUUGUCCUCAGAGGGCGGCUUUACAUUUUUGGUAAAGGAACAAGCUGCUGAUCUUGACAAGGAGUUCAUAUAUAAUUGUUAUUACAGAGGAAUUGCUAUUACUCAUGUUUUAAAAAUAUCUAUUAAACAUUAUUAAACUUGAUCGGGAUGGGCCAAAUAAAGUUUUAUUGGAACAUAGA